CAUGCAGGAAUGGUUUGCAACAAAGAAAGAACUCGUGGCAGGAUGGGGUAGGUGGCACAAACUGCCCUAUCCCUACCGGAAAGAAUUUCACUUAUAUCAUGCAAGCUAAGGAUCAGAUCGGAAGCUUCUUCUAUUUUCCAUCCCUUGAAAUGCAAAGGGCCGCCGGAGGAUAUGGGCCCAUCAAUAUAUAUAGCCGUCCCAGGAUUCCGGUCCCCUUCCCCACACCGGCCGCCGAUUACAGCUUACUCGUCGGCGAUUGGUUCACUUCAAGCCACACUGAUCUAAAAGCAAGGUUGGACAAAGCCACAAAUCUUGGGGAUAUUCCGUCCCCAGAUGGACUUUUAAUCAACGGCGUUGGACUAAACAAUUUAACCAUCGCAGUUGAGGCGGGGAAGACAUACAGAUUUAGGAUAUGUAACGUUGGAUUGACGACUUCCGUCAAUUUCAUGAUCCAGAAUCACCCACUACUGUUGGUUGAAGCUGAGGGAACCCAUACGAUUCAGAAUUACUACAAUUCCUUGGAUAUCCAUCUAGGCCAGUCAUACUCUGUAUUAGUCCAAACUAAUCAAACUGCAGGGGACUACCUUAUCGUCGUCUCUACCCUAUUCACGACCAAAACCCUCAAUUCAACAGCCAUCCUUCAUUACCCUCACCAGAAUCAACCCGUCCAGGGCCCGCCCAAUGCUCUAAGUAGUAACAUCACUUCGUCUCUCAAUCAAGCCCGAUCCAUCAAACAAAACUUGACAGCAAGUGGGCCAAGGCCGAAUCCGCAAGGCUCUUAUCAUUAUGGAAUGGUGAACAUCACAAGAACAAUUGUAUUGCAAAACUCAGCUCCGAUCAUCGACGGAAAACAACGGUUUGCUGUAAACAACGUUUCGUUCAUUCCGGCGGAUACACCGCUUAAACUUGCCGACCACUUCAAGAUCCCCGGGGUUUUCACCGUCGGCAGCAUCAAGGACAACGCCACCGGAGGGCCUGUUAUACUUGAUACUUCUGUCGUGACCGCGGAAUUCAGGUCAUUCAUUCAGGUCAUUUUUGUGAACAAGGAAGAAACCGUACAGUCAUGGCACUUGGAUGGCCAAUUCUUCUUUGUUGUCGGGAUGGAUACUGGAGAGUGGAGAAAUGAAAGCAGACUAGAUUACAACCUGAGAGAUGGAAUAUCUCGCAGCACAGUUGAAGUUUAUCCGAGAGGAUGGACUGCCAUUUACAUGCCAUUGGACAAUGUAGGAAUGUGGAAUGUGAGGUCAGGGAACUGGGCGCAACAGUACUUGGGUCAACAGUUUUAUCUCCGGGUGGUGCCCCCCAUAUCGACAUCUCCGUGGAGGGAUGAAAAUCCGAUUCCGAAUAACGCCCUUCUCUGCGGUAAAGCGGCCAAUGAAACCAUAUCUUAGCUUCUCUUUAAACUCAGGUGUCAAAUAUAUGUUGACCCACUCUUUGGAAAUGCUUGUACCUUUCAUAAAAUUAAAGAUACUCUCAAAUAACAAUUACUCACAAAUGUUUGGACUGUUAUUUAUUUCUGCAGUUAAUUAUAUGUACUUCAUCUCUCAGCAUGUGUAAUAUG